GUCGGGGGCGGCGGCGGCAGAGGGGGCGGCGGCGGUGGCGACGGCGGCCGUGACGGAGGCGCGGGGCCUGGGCCGGGGGCAAUGAGGCUGUCCCGCCGCGGAGCCGCGUAGCGGACACACACCCCCCCCCCCCCCCCCCCCCGCCUCCUCGGCCGAGCCGGGGGCGCGCGCGCGCGGCCGUCCGCAGCAGCCUCCGCCUCGUCCCUCCACUUCGAGGCCCCGCACGGCACCCCCACCAGGGCCCGGAGGAUGAUGAAGCUCAAGUCGAACCAGACCCGCACCUACGACGGCGACGGCUACAAGAAGCGGGCCGCGUGCCUGUGCUUCCGCAGCGAGAGCGAGGAGGAGGUGCUGCUCGUGAGCAGUAGCCGCCAUCCAGACCGAUGGAUUGUCCCCGGCGGAGGCAUGGAGCCCGAGGAGGAGCCAAGUGUGGCAGCAGUCCGGGAAGUCUGUGAGGAGGCUGGAGUAAAAGGGACAUUGGGAAGAUUAGUUGGAAUUUUUGAGAACCAGGAGAGGAAGCACAGGACGUAUGUGUACGUGCUUAUUGUCACGGAGGUGCUGGAAGACUGGGAAGACUCGGUGAACAUUGGAAGGAAGAGAGAGUGGUUUACAAUAGAAGAGGCCAUAAAGGUGCUGCAGUGUCACAAGCCUGUGCAGGCGUCCUACUUUGAGACGUUGAGGCAAGGCUACUCCGCCAACAAUGGCACCCCUGUUGUGGCCACCGCCACGUACUCCAGCUCCAUGUCAGGCAUCAGAUGACUGCAGACUUCCUGUCAGAGCAGGAGAGGGGAAACCAGACUGAACUGUGGCUCUCCUCACCACCCCCUCACCUUCCUACGCCUCCUUUCACCAUGGUGGGCAGCGGAGAGGGUACACUGAGGUGCCGCUGUGGGAUGUGGAGUGAGGUGGGUGGGGUGUGGCGUGGUGGGAACUUUUUUCUCUUUUUCCUGAGGGUGGGGACUGGGGUGUAACUCCUGAGUACUUUCCUGCAUGCUCCGUUCCUCCCUUGCUCACCCUGCCCUCCAAGAGAGGGAACCCACUCUCCCCUUGGGUUCUGAAGCGUGCCCAUUUGCCUCAUCCCAGCCUGGCCAGAUAUUUUCUCUGAUUUUUUUUCCAUUAAAAGAAAUCCAUGUGAGAUGAACCUUUCUAAGAAUCUGUCCUGUAACGUGCUCUUGAGUCCCGUAGGUUGGCCACGUUCCCCUCAGGAUGCAUUUGUCCACGCAUUAUAUUCUGACAUAUGGUAUGUAAAUAAGUGGCUUAGAAAGAGGGUCUUAACUGUUCAGUUUUUCAAGUUUUGUUUUUUCUUUUUUCAUUUUUUUUAUUCCAGAUAUUUCUGGGUUUAACCCCCUCCCCCCUUUACAUGUUUGUUUCAACGCUAGUGAGUAGGCAGGCUUCCCUGUCCUCCAUUCCCAGCUAUGGCAGGCUUAGCCACCUUCUUCACGCUCCUGGGACCCUGGCCUUGUCUAGGCUGUUCCCAUGCCAAGGAAAACAGAAGGGAACCUGUUUUCUUUUCUGUUACCAAGCCUGGAGAAGCAGUGACAGAAACUGAACUCUGCCCUCUAUGCCCACAGUCAGCUUUAAACUGGACACCUUCACUGUCCCAGAGACUGGGCCGUCAGGCACCGCAUCUGCCCUGCUGCCUGGGAAUUUUCCCGUAAUGCUAUUUAUUGCUGACAUGGCCUCUCCUACCCUUGUAUGCCUUACACCACGCUGGCCUGGAUGUGGCCCCAUGCUCCGCAGCCAUCCUGUGCAGUGCUGUCCCUGUGCUGAGAGGCCCCACCGAGGCCCGAGCAUGCGCCAGGGGCUCGCCCAGAGCAUGCUCAGUGCCCAGUGUGGAAGGUCAUCUGUAGAGGGGCCCACUUGUGACCCCUGGCUUGCUUCAGGCUCCUGUCACUGUUUCAUACAGGUUUUGUGCUGAACUCAUCUGCCAGUUGUGGUGUUUAGUUGGGAAGUAAAGGGUCUCGGAAAGAGCCUUCAGCAAGGGGGGUGAGAGGAAACUGACUCCUGGCUUAGCGUGGGAACUUGGUACUCUUUGUGGCAUUGCCUAUGUUGAAACGUAGCCAAGAUGUGACGUUAAAAUAGUACUUCUCUUUAUUUAAAAACUAAUAAAUACUCAAACUUUGAAA